CCUCUGACUGUGAGCUCGACUUGUGAUUGGCUGAGGUGAAGGCAGAGGCGCUGUGCUGUGAUUGGCUGAUCUGCCUCGUGAUUGGCAGAGCGGAGCGGUAGAUUCGGAGCUCCUCAUCCCCGGCGCUGUCCACACGAGAGCGGGUUCUGGAACGCACCGCGCGGGAGCUCGCGCCGCUCACGCACUCACUCACGCACUCGCUCACGCACAAACGGACGGAUUUUGAAUUAAAAAAAUAUUAGAAUUCCUUCACGCGCUGAAAACAAAACUACAACCACAACAACCACCCUGAGGAGAGGCUUUAAUUUCUGUUUAAAACCCUCUGUUACCGCAAAACUUAAUAAAACCGGCUCGUUUUUUUUAAAUUUAUUUAUUUAUUUUUUUCCUGUGCGGGACAGGGCACCGGAGCGCGCGCGGAUUCGUGCCAUGGCGCGUCACAAAGAGCGCGCUUCAUAUAUAUAAGAUGCGCCGUUUAGGUCCUCACGUGCAGACGCGCGCGCUGUCGGAGUUACAGAGAGCGGCUUCUACAAAAACUCAGUCUAAUGGGACGCUCGGAGUUCAACAAAUCAUCCUCACAGGACUAACGGGAGGAAGAAAUGCACCGUUUCUGAAGGUGUAGAAAGAACCGGAUACCGGGAUUUUACAGCGUGGGAACAAUUUCCUCAGUUCAGCAUCAUCAUGGCUGCGUUUUAUUUUUCUUGACCAGUGCAUGCAUGCUUCCUGCGUGUUUGGAUUGUUUCCUCCAGAAGGGUUUAUGGCACAACCACAGACCUUCCAUAUGCAUUUUAACAGAAAUUAUUGCUGAUCAUAGGCUAUAUGCGGUUAUAUAGAUAUAUAUAUAUAUUAUUUUUUUCAAUAUUUUUUUUUUGAAGAGCAAAUAACCACUUCUUCAUUCUCCAUUUAACUCCUUGGCCUUUUCAAGUUUUUUUCAAUAUUUUUUUUAAAUGAAAGUGUUGGAGAACCGACUGCAUGGACUGAACCUUUAAAAAUAAAUAAUAAAAAAAAAAAAUUAAAAAAGAAAUAAAAAUCUGAACAUCACGUCGUUCAAGUCGUUUAAACCCGCCUGGAAGUGGCCGUGACCUCUGACCCAUGGAAAUUCACUGCAAGCACGACCCGUUCGCCGCAAUGCAUAGGCACGGAGGGGUGAACCAGCUUGGGGGGGUGUUUGUGAACGGGCGGCCGCUGCCCGAUGUGGUGCGGCAGAGAAUCGUAGAGCUGGCCCACCAAGGCGUACGGCCAUGCGACAUUUCCCGCCAGCUUCGCGUCAGCCACGGCUGCGUCAGCAAGAUCCUGGGCAGGUACUAUGAGACGGGCAGCAUCAGGCCAGGCGUGAUCGGAGGAUCCAAACCAAAGGUUGCUACACCCAAAGUCGUUGACAAAAUCGCUGAUUACAAACGCCAAAACCCCACCAUGUUUGCCUGGGAGAUACGAGACCGACUACUGGCCGAAAGAGUGUGCGACAAUGACAGCGUGCCCAGCGUCAGCUCAAUCAACAGGAUCAUUCGCACUAAAGUCCAGCAGCAGCCUGGCCAAUCAGGAAGCAUCUCUGCGCAUAAUUUAGUGUCCACCGUAGCGGUAACCCAGGUCUCCGCGGUAACCAGCGACGCCGCAGGCUCCUCUUACUCCAUCAGUGGAAUUCUGGGAAUCAGCUCGGCGGCUGACGCUAGCAAGAGAAAGCGAGAUGAAAAUCUUCAGGAUUCUUCGCUGGCGAAUGGCCACGCCCACUCAGGGCGGGACUUCUUGCGCAAGCAGAUGCGGGGGGAGCUCUUCACACCGCAGCAGCUCGAGGUACUGGACUGCGUGUUCGACCCUGACAUUUACCCCACCCCUGAUACCAACAAGCCCGCCCAGACGGCUGAUUACUCGGCGAUGGCGUCUCUGGCUGGCGGGCUAGAAGAGAUGAAGAGCAGCCUGGCCAAUCAGACGGCAGCGGAUUUGGGCCCGAGUGUAGCAGGACCUCAGAGUUACCCGCUAGUGUCAGGUCGUGAUCUAGGCAGCACCACACUUCCAGGUUACCCUCCUCACGUUCCCCCAGCUGGCCAGGGCAGCUACUCUGCUCCGUCGCUCACGGGAAUGGUGCCAGGGGGUGAGUUCUCGGGCAGUCCGUACUCCCACCCACAGUACUCCACAUACAACGAGUCGUGGAGGUUCGCCAACCCGAGCCUGCUGGUGUUUCAGCAGGAGUACGGUUCUCUUCUAGGCACAGAAAGAGCAGCUUCUUCAGGCCUUUUUCCCAGCCAGACCACACAACCUGCAGGAUCUCCGUAUUACUACGGCGCAGCCACACGGGGUUCAGGACCUGCAGCCACGGCCACGGCCAGCGCCUACGACCGCCACUGAGAGGAGAGGAGGAGUGAAAAGGAGGAGAGGAAAACAUGGAGCGAAGGAGAGGAGAGACAAACAGAGAGAGAGAGAGAGAGACAAAGACAGAGACUACAUCCUUUUUCACAUCAGUUGCAUUGAAGCUUGUGUCCUUUUAUUCAGAACUUUUGCUUGUGCAGCUAUGCUGGGCCAAACACACACACACACUCACACAACGCACACACACAACGCACACACACGUUAAUCACCACUAGUACCGGGAUCUCCACUAGAAAUAUAGAGAUUUAAACCCAUUACACUAGCUAGCACCUAUUUCUAAGGUACCUAAUUAAUGAAAUGAUGACAUACACAAUGUUGCUGUAAUAAAAAGAAUUGAAGUCAUUUUUCUUAAAAAUAACGUACGUCAAAUUCAUAUUAUACUGCGAACUGCACAGAAUUGUUGUAUGUGAUUUAUAAAAGGCAGAGCGUGGAAGCGCCUCCUCUCUUUCUCUGUGUAGAUAAAUGCUCUUUACUCGUGUACAAAAUGCCCUGUACGUUUGUCAGAUUUAAAGCUAUUUAUGAUGGAGACAGAGUAAUAUAUAUUAAAAAAUGUAUGUGUAAAAAGUUUACUGCGGACACAAGUUCCAAUUCUAGCAGGAGAGCUUUUUUUUUUUUUUUUAAAAAAAGUUUUUUGGUAAAAUUCCGGUGUUUUGCUCCUAUAAGAUAAGAUCGCAGGACCGCUCAUUGGUAAAAGAGAAGCUUGGCCAUUUUUAUGAAGCUGUCUCUGGCUAUGUGUGAACAUAAUUGGAAAAAUGAAACGAAAGUUUUCGUAGUAAGUUAGGUAGCAUUGCUUUGUUUUUACGUGGGCGUAUACGUAGACACGUAUAUAUUUCCUUAAUUCUGUAUUUUUUUUAAACAAAAACAUUAUGGUCAUUUUGAAACUGAUAAAACGGUCAUCCUAUGGCUGAUUUCAGAGGAAUUAUAAUAUGAAAAUUUUAAGCCGGCCCAUGAGGGAGGGAUGUUGUAGCCUGAACUUCCCCAACAGGAAGUGAUGUAGGGAAAAAAAACCCCGUACAUGUACAUUUUUGUUCUCCAAGGUACAAGUGGUGUAAGGUACUAGAUCCAAUUAUGUAGCUUGUUAGGUUUAUAGGUACGCUCCUCUAACUAAUGGAACAAAACGAUGUUCCCUUAAGAGGGAACCAACACAAAGACAAACGUCGUACCCUGAAAACAUUUUUUCUUUCCUCUGCUGUCAGUCUCCUGAACCUCCCCAAAGAUCCAAUUCAAGACAAUAAGCAUGGAGACAAAUCAUUCAGCGAUACAUUCUUCCCUCCCUCUCUCUCUCUCUCUCUCUCUGUCUCGAUUUUAUUUUCUCCAAGUGCUCGUUCUUUCAUUCUGCGCCGAGACAAUGCAUGAAACCGUGGUGAAGGCCUUAGCGAACUCAAACGCAACCUGUACAUAGCGCCAUCAUGACACAAUCGUCCCCCGUGUGUCCCAUCCAUGAUGUACAAUAGAGCGAUCGUUUACUGCCAUGCAAGCUUUUUGGAUCCCAGUAUUCAUAUCUAACUUUAGAUUGUAGUGGAUGAGGAAAGAAACGUGUCCUUUAUUUAGCUAUCGUUCGUGGUGUGUGUUCCCAGAUCUUGUUUUUUUUUUUUUUUUUCCUUCUCGUUUUUUGGAUACGCUGUGCAUUUCCAAGUAGCUUUUUACCGAGUGGAGAACAUUGUAGAUUUAGUAGUCACGAACACCAAAACUUUUGACGUGAAAUGUGGAAAAAAAAGAAUACUAUAUCUAUGAAUAUACAAUAUAUAUAAAGACGCUGAUAGUUUUCACUUUUUUAUGUUCCGAACUGUAACGUAGCAUUAGAAAUACCUUCGUUCGUAGACCUUAAGUUGCGUGUUACGCAACUCUAAA